CGUAACACCCAGGCUGGAAGUGCAAUGGCGAUAUUGGACAAUAACAGCCAUCGCUUCUGGGGACCACAUCUAUAUUAUGUGGCUAACGUUAAAGAAAACACCCCCAGUCGGCUGCAGAACCACAUUUAAUAUCGGCACAGUGCGCGAACGUCAACCUGCGACCGGGAAGGGAGAUUUGCCAGCCUGUGGACGCGAUGACAGUUUAGACUAAAGCGCUGGUGUGACGUGUGAACAGACAGCAUGGCCACACAGGAACCGUCCCCUCCUUCGUCCAUGGAGAGCAAUAAACCCGGCUUCCCCAAGAAGAUCCUGGGCAAUAAUCUGGAGGACAAGCACCUGUGCAACUUCUGCCACAAUAUACUCAGACGACCGUUUCAAGCCCAGUGUGGACAUCGCUUCUGUUCCUACUGCUUCAACCGGACUGUGAGUAAUGGACCCCAGAAGUGCAACGCUUGCAUUAAAGAGGAUAUUUUUGAGGAGCCUACAUCGAUUUUGAAGCAAGGAUGCGCUUUUCCUGACAAUGCAGUUCGAAGGGAAGUUGAAAACCUGUCUGCUGUUUGCAUUAAUGAAAGUUGCACUUGGACCGGCAGCAUUAAAGAGUAUGAGAUCAACCACGAGGGCAAGUGCGAGUUCAUGAUCAUCCCCUGCCCUUCUUGUAAAGAACGAAUUCGCUUCAAUGAACAGGAGCGCCAUAAUGAGCGAGAGUGCCCGGAGAGAACACUCAACUGCAAGUACUGCAAGGAGCCCUUUCACUUUAAAAACAUCAAGGCACAUGACGAGAUUUGUCCCAAGUACCCGAUGAUCUGUGAAGGCUGUGCCAAGAAGAAAAUACCCAGAGAGAAGUACGUGGACCAUAUUAAGUUCUGCAGCAAAUUCAGAACUCCGUGUCGAUUUCAUGUCGUGGGAUGUGACAUGUCUGUGGAGAAGGAGAAGAUUCAUGACCAUGAGCGCGCCUACGCCUACGAGCACCUCAAUCUGUUACUGCACUACAUUAUGGGCAUGAAAGUGAGCAUGGAGGGCCUGCAGCCCCAGGGCCUGGAACUAGCUGGACACAAACUGGUGGAGCUCCAGCAGUCCCUCAGGCAGCUCGAGGCCAGGGUCUCCCAGCUCAGCACCACUUCCUCUGGGCCUCCCGUGCAGGGAGCCGCUGCCUCCUCCUCAUCCUCCAGCUCCGGCCCCCCUGGUCCAUCCACUUCAGCUCCUCUCCCUCCACCUCCCACUCUGGCUCCCACUCUCUCUGUGUCUACCUCCUUCACGCCCCUGCCCAGCUCGGUGGGUGCAGCGCUGGAGCUCCAGCUCCACAGCGAGAAGACCAAGGUGGUCGAGCUGGGCCGCAGGUGCACGGAGCUUGAAGUUAAAGCCAGCACAUUUGAAAAUGUGGUGUGUGUCCUGAACAGAGAGGUGGAGAGGUUUGCCACCACCAUGGAGGCCAGCAACCGUCAGCAUAAACUGGAUCAGGACAAGAUUGAGGCUCUGAGUAAUAAGGUGCGACAGCUGGAGAGGACGGUGGGGCUAAAGGACCUGACGGUUGCCGAGAUGGAGGGCCGGCUGAGGGAGAUGUCUGCCACCACCUUUGAUGGCGUCUUUGUCUGGAGGAUCUCUGAUUUUGCCAAAAAGAGACAGGACGCCAUUGCAGGUCGAGCCCCGGCCAUGUUCUCACCAGCCUUCUACACCAGUAAGUACGGCUAUAAGAUGUGUCUGCGGAUCUACCUGAAUGGAGAUGGGACGGGGCGUGGCAGCCACCUGUCCUUGUUCUUUGUGGUAAUGAGGGGACUGAGUGACGCCCUGCUCAAAUGGCCAUUUAACCAGAAGGUGACUCUGAUGCUGCUUGACCAGAGCAACAGGGAGCACAUCAUCGAUGCCUUUCGCCCUGAUGUCACUUCUUCCUCCUUCCAGAGACCCGUGAGCGAGAUGAAUAUCGCCAGCGGCUGUCCGCUCUUCUGCCCGCUAUCAAAACUCGAUGCCAAGAACUCCUACAUCCGCGACGACACCAUCUUCAUCAAAGCGAUUGUGGACCUCACCGGCCUCUAGAUGGCUCCACAGGGUCGUCCAGUUUGGCAACCAGGCAGCUCUUUGACCAUUAUGGCUUUAUUUUGGCUCAGUCAUGGUCCUUUUAGGGCUUUGUUCAGGCACCUUACUGUCCCCUGCAGCCCUGGGGAGACAAACAUGUUUGCGACUGAAUGCUGCGUGCAGUUUGGUCCGUGCAGAUGGAGUUGGCAUUAUCACACCUUGUGGUCUCUAUGUGGAAACCACUGUCAUCGCUGUACAUUUUGGGUGCACGACUUUGUUUUGGUUUUGACAUCACUGCACCACUCUCAUAGUGAUAAGAUGUCAGUGUUCUGUUCUGCACGAGCUUUCAGUUACACAGCGCGGAGGUGUAAUAGUGAACAGAUACGAUGGAGUGAAAAGAGUGAAUAGCAUCAUCUUCUUCUUCUUUGGAGACUUGGGAUGUUAGAGAACAUGCAGGUUGUGGUAGAACAGGACUGUAGAUAGUUCAUGUAAUCAUUCUGAUGUCACUGUAGAAAGCUGGCAGUAGACAUACUAUAGAGUUAGAGCGUGGCUUGGUGCAGGUUUAGCUUUUUCUUGCAGACCGUGGAGAUUGUGAGCUUCUCAAUACCAGUGUCGAGUGAAUUUGAAUAGACAAACGUGGAGUUAUGUUAUGAAUAAGAUUACAGGCAUUUUUGUUGCCUUUCUUUGCGAAAUGUGCAUGCCGCUGGCGUUUUCAUUAUAUAAUUGCUCCUUAAUUCAAUUGAGCUUUAUGAAGGUUCCUCGUUUAUUGUUUAACUCGUUAGUGACUUAGCCAUCUGUGAUGGUGGACAUUGCCUGCAUGUCUUUGGAACCAGGCUAUUUACAUGUAAAGUUAGUGUUGCGUAUUUGUUCCUUUGAGGGGUUGGUGGUUCUGAUUGGUGGUUUGGUACAUCUGUGGAAGAUACAGUGGAGUUACCAAGGAGUCAGGGCAGCUUGCCAGUCAAGCCUGUGGCAGAAAACCUUCUCGUGUGCUUUGUCUCUGACAAACACAUGUAGCCGAAGUUUUCCCCAGGUCAUGGUCACUAGUUCACAUCUCUACACAUAGUACUGUGCCCCACCACAGACUGAGGUCAACACGGAUUCCAUGAAAUGAAGAACUUGUUUGUUCCUUGUUUUACAAUGUUUUACAGUGCAUAUCUGUUUCUGCUGCUCUAAGAUAGAAUACUGAUGUGAAUCUAAUAUAUAUGUUGGUGCAAAUAUACAGUACAUGAGGUAAAUGUUUGUUUGUGGAGGCUGAAAACAAGAGAUUGUGAUACACUGUUGUGAGCAAUGGGCCAUUUUUGACAUUAUUUAUUGCGGAUUGCUGUUCAGUGCCGUCUCAGAUAACACUUUAAACUUUAGCGUAGUAGUGUACUCUUGCUGAUUUUAAAUAAGGCAUCACAAAUCAAGAGUAAACUCUCCAUUGGACCAAACUGAGAUGUCAUUUUCCCAUGUGUCCACCAGAGGUCGCUGUCCUACUUGCUUAGCAUGCAUGCUGAGGUUCCAUGGUUCACGCUGGCCUGUUUGAAAACCAGUCUCGACCUGUAUUGAAACCUCUCUGUGCAUGGGAGGCUUCAAUUCAUAUUCACUAUGGAGUUUCACCCUGGUUUACUCCGUGAGCCACGUGUGAACGCAUUUAUUUGUAUUUGUUUGGAUGAAAAUACGUAACUGUAGAUUAGUUAUUAUGUUACAUAUCUGGCGCUGCCUCUGUCCAACAGAAGCACCUGCCUAUUUUCAUAGCAAUUUAUAAAUAUGUAUCUUUCAUAUCAUAAUGUUGAAAUAAUCUAUAUAUCAAUGUUAAUAUACACAAGAUGUUAUAAUAAACAUAGUAUUACUGAAUACUUUAUUAAAUCUAUAUUUAUAUACCAGCUUUUUGUUUGUCAAGAUGGUUUGAACAGGCCAGGACGUCCCCGUUGUGCAGUAAGGACUUAGGAUUCCUUCUAGAGUGCAAUAUAGCAUUAUGUCUGUUAGAUAUUGAUGACAUCUUGGCUUUACAGAGGUCAUACUCAACUUCUCUGUUGCCAUGUGUUUACAUUACUCAUUGUGGCGCUGAAGAAAUGCAAACCGUUUUGAACUUUUCAAGGAAAUCAGGUGCUUUCCUUGGCACUGAGCAUACGCUACCUGAUAUCACUAACAUGGGAAUUCAUUCAUGACGCUAACUGGCUAAGCGAGCUGAUGAUUUUUUUUUUUUUAAAGAGAGGAAUUCAUACUAGUAAGUGGGUUUCUAUUAACGUAAGCUUUCAGUGAGGACUGAGCAUGUAACAGGUAGGGUUACAUGAACUUUUUAUACCUUGAGUGUUCUUGUAACGUGCCAAAAUCAGACCUUACCUCCAUCUACUUAUGUUGUAUUACAAGCUGUAUUUUAUGUUCUAUGCUAAAAUAUGGUGCCAAAUAUGCGUAAAUUUAAGUUUGUAGGGUGUGGGCGUGUGUGUGUGUGUUUGUAUUUGUGUCACUUUAAUAUGAUGUAUGGGUCACUACUUACGGAGAUAAUUGAUACUGUCCCAUGAAACCGUCCUUAAACUCCUGACCCUGCCGAGGUUGCUGAAUGUAAGCUUUUGUACGCUUUUUCUCCAAACAACAGCAGUUCUGUAAAGUUGAACCAACUUUAUUUGUGCACUUUUUAUUAGUUCUUUGUCAAAACAGGGUAUUUGUUGAGUGAUUUAUGUAACUUGAAAUGAGAGCCAUAUAUAUUCUGAUGUUGAGAAUUGAUGUAAUAUGGUAAAAAGGACAUGCAGUGUGUAAUAAAGUUUGUUCAUUUCA